AUGGUCCCCGCCUGGCUGUGGGUGCUCUGCUUCUCUGUCCCUCAGGCCCUGGCCGAGGCGCCGCCUGCCGCGCUGCACGUGGAAGUCCCGGAAAACUACGGCGGAAAUUUCCCUCUGUACCUGACCAAGCUGCCGUGGCCCCACAAGGAGGCCGGAGGCCGGCUCGUGCUGUCGGGUGACUCGGGCGUGGCAGCCGAGGGCCCCUUCGCUGUGGAGGCAGAGUCUGGCUUCCUGCUGGUGACCAGGGCCCUGGACCGAGAGGAACAGGCAGAGUACCAGAUACAGGUGACCCUGGAGGCUGAGGAUGGGCAUGUCCUGUGGGGUCCACAGCCUGUGACGGUGCGCGUGAAGGACGACAAUGACCAGGUGCCCCAGUUCUCCCAGGCCCUCUACAGCGCCCGGCUGAGCCAGGGCACCAGGCCCGGCGUCCCCUUCCUCUUCCUUGAGGCUUCGGACCAGGAUGAGCCAGGCACAGCCAACUCAGAUCUUCGAUUCCGCAUCCUGAGCCAGACCCCUGCCCAGCCUUCCCCAGAUGUGUUCCGGCUGGAGCCUCGCCUAGGGGCUCUGGCCCUCAGCCCGGAGGGGAGCGCUGGCCUUGACCAUGCCCUGGAAGGGCCCUACCAGCUUUUGGUACAGGUCAAAGACAUGGGUGACCAGGCCUCAGGCCACCAGGCCACUGCCACUGUAGAGAUCUCCAUAGUAGAGAGCACCUGGACGCGCCUAGAGCCUGUCCACCUGGCAGAGAACCUCAAAGUCCCGUACCCACACCACCUUGCCCAGGUCCACUGGAGUGGGGGGAAUGUGCACUACCGCCUGGAGAGCCAGCCCCCUGGGCCCUUUGAUGUGGACACAGAGGGGAAACUCUACGUGACCGGGGAGCUGGACCGUGAAGCCCAGGAGCAGUACGUGCUCCAGGUGCAGGCUCAGAAUUCCCGUGGUGAGGACUACGCAGAGCCGCUGGAGCUGCGCGUGGUGGUGACGGAUGAGAACGACCAUGCGCCUGUGUGCCCCCCGCGAGGCCCCCCAGUCAGCAUCCCUGAGCUCAGCCCCCCAGGCACGGCGGUCACUAUGCUGGCGGCGGAGGAUGCGGAUGCCCCUGGGUCCCCCAAUUCCCACGUUGUGUAUCGGCUGCUGAGCCCCGAGCCCCAGGAGGGGGCCGAGGGAGGAGCCUUCCAGCUGGACCCAGCUUCCGGCAGUGUGAGCCUGGGGGCCGCCCCGCUCCGGGCUGGCCAGAACAUCCUGCUGCAGGUGCUGGCCGUUGACCUCGCAGGAGCAGAGGCUGGCCUCAGCAGCACGUGUGAGGUCGCAGUCACCGUCACCGACGUCAACGACCACGCUCCCGAGUUCACCUCCUCCCAGGUUGGGCCUGUAAGCCUCCCUGAGGACACAGAGCCUGGGACCCUGGUGGCCACCCUCACAGCCACUGAUGCCGACCUCGAGCCUGCCUUCCGUCUCAUGGACUUCGCCAUUGAGGCAGGGGAUGGGGAAGGGACCUUCGGCCUGGACUGGGAGCCAGACUCGGAUCACGUCCAACUCUACCUCCUCAAGAACCUCAGCUAUGAGGCAGCUCCAAGUCACACAGUGGUGGUGGUGGUGAGGAACGUGGUGGAGAUGGUGGGCCCAGGCCCAGGCCCCGGGGCCACAGCCACAGUGACUGUGCUGGUGGAGAAGGUGUUGCCGCCCCCCAGGUUGGAGCAGGAGAGCUAUGAGGCCGACAUCCCCGUCAACGCCCCAGCCGGCUCCUUCCUGCUGACCAUUCAGCCCUCAGAGCCCUGGAGCGGAGCCCUCAGGUUCUCCCUGGUCAAUGACUCAGAGGGCUGGUUCUGCAUCCAGAAGGUCUCUGGGGAGGUGCACACUGCCCGGCCCCUGCAGGGCGCCCGGCCCGGGGACUCAUACACAGUGCUUGUGGAGGCCCAGGACGCAGAUGCCCCCAGGCUGAGCACCUCUGCCGCCCUGGUGAUCCACUUCCUGAGAGCCCCUCCCGCCCCGGCCCUGCCGCUGGCCCCCGUGCCCAGCCGGCACCUCUGCACGCCCCGCCAGGACCAUGGUGUGCUCAUCCCUGCCCCCAGCGAGGACCCCGACAUGGCCACUGGGCACAGGCCCUACAGCUUUGCCCUUGGUCCCAACCCUACAGUGCAGCGUGAUUGGCGCCUCCAGCCCUUCAACGGUUCCCACGCCUUCCUCACCCUGGCCUUGCAUUGGGUGGAGCCACGUGAGCACAUUGUCCCUGUAGUUGUCAGCCAGGAUGCCCGGGUGUGGCAGCUCCCUGUUCGAGUGGUCGUGUGUCGCUGCAACAUGGAGGGGGAGUGCAUGCGCAAGGUGGGCCGCAUGAAGGGCAUGCCCACCAAGCUGUCGGCAGUGGGCAUCCUUGUGGGCACCCUGGCCGCCAUAGGCUUCUUCCUCAUCCUCAUCUUUACCCACCUGGAGCUGGCAAGGAAGAAGGACCUGGAUGCUCCAGCAGACAGUGUGCCCCUGAAAGCCGCCGCCUGA